CAAAGGCUGAAGCUGCUCCCUUUGCCACAUUAUAACUAGUAGGGGAUCCUCAUCGACCAUGGCCACAGCUGCCUCGAAUCCCUACAGCAUUCUCAGUUCUAGCUCCCUAGUCCAUGCGGACUCUUCGGGCAUGCAGCAGGGGAGUCCUUUCCGAAACCCUCAGAAACUUCUCCAAAGUGAUUACUUGCAGGGAGUUCCUAGCAAUGGGCAUCCUCUCGGUCAUCACUGGGUGACCAGUCUGGGCGAUGGAGGCCCAUGGUCUUCCACACUGGCCACCAACCCCCUGGACCAGCAGGACGUGAAGCCCGGGCGCGAAGACCUACAGCUGGGUGCGAUCAUCCAUCACCGCUCACCGCACGUCGCCCACCACUCUCCGCACACUAACCAUCCGAAUGCCUGGGGGGCUAGCCCGGCUCCGAACCCGUCCAUCACGUCCAGCGGCCAACCCCUUAACGUGUACUCGCAGCCUGGCUUCACAGUGAGCGGCAUGCUGGAGCACGGAGGGCUCACCCCACCGCCAACCUCUGCCUCUGCACAGAGUCUACACCCCGUGCUCCGGGAUCCCCCAGACCACAGCGACCUAGGUUCGCACCACUGCCAGGACCACUCAGACGAGGAGACACCAACCUCGGAUGAGUUGGAACAGUUCGCCAAACAGUUCAAACAAAGAAGAAUCAAGUUGGGCUUCACACAGGCCGACGUGGGGCUGGCGCUGGGCACACUGUACGGCAACGUGUUCUCACAGACCACUAUCUGCAGGUUCGAGGCCUUGCAGCUGAGCUUCAAGAACAUGUGCAAGCUGAAGCCGCUGCUGAACAAGUGGCUGGAGGAGGCUGAUUCGUCAACAGGGAGCCCGACCAGCAUUGACAAAAUCGCCGCUCAGGGCCGUAAGCGCAAGAAGCGAACCUCCAUCGAGGUGAGUGUCAAGGGCGUACUGGAAACGCAUUUCCUCAAGUGUCCCAAGCCUGCCGCGCAGGAGAUUUCCUCGCUGGCAGACAGCCUCCAGUUGGAGAAAGAAGUAGUGCGUGUCUGGUUCUGUAAUCGAAGACAGAAAGAGAAAAGAAUGACUCCACCAGGGGAUCAGCAGCCACAUGAGGUUUAUUCGCACACCGUGAAAACAGACACGUCCUGCCACGAUCUCUGACUGCAGGAAGCAAGAAAGCGGCCGGCCGCACUGGGAGCAGCGCGGA